GAGCCACUUUCAGCACCGCAGAUCAAAGACAUUCUUGAGAAGGGGCUGUUCAUGAUCGAGCGAAGCUCAGAUGAACGUCAGGAUUUUAUCAAGAGUCUUGCGACAGAAGAAGGACUUGCUGUUGUUCGACAAAUUGUUGAGACAGAGUUUGCCAAGUCAUAUAGUGUCCUUGGUCUAAUGUUUCACGUUCACGGUAUCCUCUUUCUUCAGCUUAUCACGAAUGACAGACUUUUGUCAUCCCUUGCGCUCGAACGUCAAGUGGGAACCAUUUAUAACGUGAUCUAUGGACCCAGCGGACGUCGUGCUGUUACAUUCUUCACUCAAGUGACAGAGCACGUUAUUCGCAUGAAACCUGAAUCAAGCACUGCCAAUGAGAGGUCAAUGAACAAUGACGUGUCUGAAUUCGAAGAAACACUGCUGCUUGUUGCAAAGGCUUUUCUUACCACUUUGACCUUGAACCAAGAGGCUGCCAUUCAAGCUGCGUUUGCGCCUAUUGUUGAAAGUCUUUGUACCUGUUAUAGAGACGAAGAUAUCUUCAGUGGCGUUGCCUCUCAUAGCAUGCGGUGGGCUCAUGACAAUAUCAUAAAGCUGAAAGAUGUCUUGUCCAUGGGCGAGUCGCUCAAUCGCUCCACAGCCGUCUCUUUUCAUCAUGAUACUCAACAUAAGCUACCGAAGGCCAAAGAGUUUCAAGUCGACUUACCAGGCGAGCUAUCUGCUCAUGGGCCUCGACACGACAAUGAUCACGCCUCUAUCCCACACAUCCGCCUGCUCCCAACAAUAAACGAAAUCUUUUCUCUCGAGCGAGCAGAAUUUCUCCCAGCGAGAGAUCCGGUAUUUGAUACAUUGGAUCAACAUGAGACUGGUAUUCGCCGGCUUCUCGAUAGCCAGUUUCGCCUGCUGCGUGAGGAUACCGCUGGCUUGCUCCGCGACUCAAUUCGUUUGAUUUUGCACAACUGGGAUGUCCUCGUGCAUCAGCCAGAUUGGCGCUUGAAGCGAAGGAUCUUUCGUGAUAGUGGCAUCACACCUGCGCGUAUCUAUCUUGGGGUGAAUGUCCGGCAGGUCCGAGCGGGUGGAAAGAAGGGCAUUGAAGUUGAUCUCGAAUUUGACCAGCCUUCAAGACUGAAAGUCAUGAGCCCAGCCCGACGCAAGCAAUGGUGGCAGAACUCUCAAGCCUUGAAGGAGAGUCCAGUGGUUCUUGCUCUAGUCGACGGUGAAGAUCAUACAAACGUCUCUGUAACUUUCUUUCAAGUUGCUAAAAGAGAUGUCAACCUCAACGCCAAUCCACCUGCUUCACGAGAACAUGUGCCCACACCCGUCACAAAUGAGCUUGCGAAUACAACAAGCCUCGAUAAGGGUCAGGCGACGGCGUUAGUCUGGGCCCUCCGCCGCGAGAUCGCACUCAUACAAGGACCGCCGGGAACAGGAAAGUCAUACGUCGGCAUACAGCUGGCCAAGUGCUUGUCAGCGAACCGGGAUUUGCUUGACCUUGGUCCGAUAUUAUGUGUAUGUUACACUUCCCACGCGCUCGAUCAAUUUCUGCAAGGUCUUCUCAAUGCAGGAAUCACAAGCAUUGUGCGCCUUGGCCCGCGGAGCGCAUUUCCACACUUGGAAGCACUAUCUAUCGAUAGCCAUAAACAGGCUGAUCGAGGGCCAUUUAUCCGGGCUUAUAAUAAUCAGCGGAAUUCCCACCAUGAUAAACUCAAGGAAAUCACGGCGGAACUCGAACAAGUAUGCAAAUCGAUGGAGACCGGUGAUGAUGCUAGUGCUUGGGUGGAGAUCGAUGGGCCGCGUUCUCCCGAAGAACUUUUGCAGGCCGAUGUGUGGACACUCUCGCCGGCAGAACGCAUGCGCUUGCAUGACUUUUGGCAUGAGGGAGCACGCGAUGAACUUCGGAAAGUCUUCUCGUCCUUAGUGAAAGCAUACUACAGGCAGAAGCAGAACUUGACCGCCAUAUAUCACGCGGCCGAAGCUCGCAUGCUGCAAGGAUUCCAGGUCAUAGGUGUCACGACUACGAUGUUGGCGAAUCUCUCGUCCCAAAUUCGUGGCGUUCAGGCUAGAGUCUUGAUUUGCGAGGAGGCUGGAGAGGUACUCGAAUCUCAUGUUCUGACCGCGCUAUUGCCAUCGGUGCAGCAUGCCAUUCUGAUCGGAGAUCACCUUCAGCUUCGUCCACGGAUCAGCACCCUCAGACUUUCCAUGAGUUAUGACCGUGAAGGAGCAAAAUACGGCCUCGAUGAAUCACUGUUCGAGCGACUCGCGAAUAGUCAUUUUGGAGGCAAUGAUGGCGACGAAGGACAGACGGGAGGGCGUCGAUUCCCUGUUACGCAAUUGAAUAUCCAGCGACGCAUGCAUCCUUCAGUUGCUAAUCUAGUUCGCGAAACGCUCUAUCCGAAGUUGCAAGAUCAUAUUUCCACAACUAUGUAUCCUGCUGUUGCGGGAAUGAAGCACCGACUAUUUUGGCUUGACCAUCGAAAUACAGAAAAUGAUGGUGACCCUUCAGAUCCUAUGCAUAGCAAGUCUAAUACAUGGGAAGUCCACAUGGUGAUAUCGCUCGUAAGGCAUCUUCUGAGACAAGGAAAGUAUGGUCCUGGUGAGAUCGCUGUCCUGACACCAUACGUCGCCAAUGAGCCUAGCGGUCGUGGUGAAAGAUGCCUCCAGGGACAACGUGUUGUGAGCAAGCGUAGCUUGCUUGACGCUCUGAGACUGUCAACGGUUGACAAUUUCCAAGGCGAGGAGGCAACCAUUGUUAUUGUUUCCCUGGUCCGAAGCAACAGGUUCAGAAAUUGCGGUAAGCAUGUUCGAGAAAAUCAAGUUAAGAUUGGACAACCGUCGCUGAUAUUCCCCCCCCCCAGUCGUGCAAAACAUGGCAUGUACCUCAUUGGCGAUGCAAACACGGCAUCAACAGCGCCGAUGUGGGCGUCUGUCAUCGAGCUGCUCGAAAAGAACGAGAACAUUGGACCGUAUCUCGAGCUCGACUGCGAGCGCCAUUCCCACAAUAUCAUGCAGGUCUCGUGUCCCGAUGAUUUCUCCAUUAAGUCCCCGGAGGGUGGUUGCGCGGAGACAUGCGGCUUGAGACUGAACUGCGGGCAUACUUGUGUGCUUAAAUGUCACUCAUCCAAACAGCACAAAGCAGUCAAAUGCCUUCAAAAGUGCUAUCGAAUGAGCCGGUGCGGUCAUCCAUGCGCGAAGAAGUGCUACGAGCCAUGUGGCCCAUGUACCGCCCCUGUCUGCAACGUCAUGCUACCUUUUGUCAGAAAAUAUGCUCCUCCUGUCGAGUCCAAAGGAAGGAAGUUACUGUUCUUGAUCAUGGUAAAUGCAUCAGUGUUUGUCGCAAGGGCUUCACAAAUUGCACGCAUUCCUGUGACCGUAUAUGUCAUCCUGCAACGGCAUGCUUGCCUUGCCGCCGCCCGUCUCCCCUGUGCCGUUCCAUGUGAAAACAAUCCAUGCAGUCGACGUUGCGAGAAGAGAUUGAAGCCGUGUGGACACCAGUGCCCGGGAAUGUGUGGAGAGCCCUGUCCACCUUCGCAGUUCUGUCAAAUCUGUGCUCCACAAGAAGUCCUGCAACAGCAGGUUGACCUUCUGGAGUUUAAGACCUACAGAGAGAUUGACCUGGAUGCAUCGCCCCUAAUCUUUCUCCCGUGCAACCACUUCUAUACCGUUGCUUCCCUGGAUGGACUUUUAAGUAUGAAUGAUUAUUUCAAUAUUAAUGCGUCUACAGGCGAGAUAAUUGGAGCUAAGCCUGCACAUUGGGAGAUGAUGCCCGGGUCAGCGCUGAAGGGCUGCCCAGAGUGCCGUCGCCCCCUCAGAGACAUCAACCGAUACAGUCGUAUCUUGAAAAGAUUUCUGCUGGACGAGUUUACCCGCAAGUUCGUCAUUUUGGCCAGUGCACAGCAUGCCGAACUCGCAGACAAGAUUGUUCGCUUCGAGAAGCAAAUUGACGAUUCACGGGCCGAGUUCCUCAAGUAUUGGAUCCAUGAAACUGGUGGCUCGAAGAGCAAUGACCAAGCUAGAGGCGCGGUACAAGCUUAUCGAGCUGCAGGAAUUGGCCUGGUCAAGAAGGUGAAGGAAUACGUCAAGUCUGUUGCAACCGCGGAACAGCCGCUAGGCAAGUUGAACGACAUGCUCGCGUCUGCUACUUCACGCCAAAACGAAACUACAAGCACAAAGCCCAUCCCUAAUAAAUUGGCCAUACAAACCGGGUUCGGAUUGCGUGGACAGGUCCUCGGGCUCAGACUCGGCUGGGUCGCACUCCGCGAUUGGGAUCACAUUUGCAGCAACCGGAACGUGGAUCACCGCAUCCGUAAUAACCUAGUUCAACUGACGGCCAGUCACAUCAAGUCUCUGAUUGAAAAGUGUCUUUCGCUGAAGCAGCCCACCAUGAAGGCCAAUCUACUUCAAGAACGAGUCGAAGCUGGGAUCUACUUUGCUCUGUUUUCCAUGCUUUCGUUGAGCAACAUGCGAGCACUCGGCAAGACUGUCGAGAUGGAUACCGAGAACAAGACCCGCCAGCGUGCCCAAGACGACCUGGCGUUCUGUGAAAGUUUGUGCAACAAGUCGCCGAGGCUCCUGGGUUACCUGAUGGAUGAUAUCAAAGACGCACGGAGGACUAUCAAUGAUGGGGCGUUCUAUGCUCUGGUGACCAGCGAGGAGAAACGCCAGGUGUACAGAGCAAUGGCGGAGCAGUUCGCAGGUACGGGGCAUUGGUACUAUUGCCAAAACAAUCACCCAUUCACCAUUGGCGAAUGCGGCAUGCCCAUGGAGGAGGCCCGAUGUCCCCAGUGCGAGGCCCCAGUUGGAGGGUUGAACCAUCAGCUCGCUGAAGGCGCGAGACCAGCCGAGGAUAUGGACCGGGAAUUUGGCGAGACAGAACUCACCGAGCAGGACAUCAGGGAGGGGAUGAUAAUGGAGGAGCUGAGAGAAGAAAUGGUGGCCGGUGGAGUAGAAGGAAAUCUGAUCGAGAUGUAA